AUGACGACCUCAAUUCCCAAGACUUUCGAUAUCAACACCAAAUACAAGCUCAAUUCCGGCCAUGAGAUCCCCGUGCUAGGCUAUGGCGUCUACCAAACCCCCGCCAGUGAAGCCGAAUCCGUAACCCAGCAUGCCUUCCGCACCGGCUACCGGCACGUCGACUCGGCGCGCGCCUAUCGCAACGAAUCCCCCGUGGCGGCCGCCAUGCGCGCCUCCAACCUCCCCCGCUCCUCCAUCUUCUUCACCAGCAAGAUCCCGCCGCGCGACCAGACGUACGAGGCGGCACGCCAAUCCAUCGCCGCCACCUUCGCCGAGACCGGCUUGGAGUACGUGGAUCUGUAUCUGAUCCACGCGCCGUACGGCGGCCGGGACGGGAGGCUGGGCGUGUGGAGGGCGCUGAGGGAGGCGCAGAAGGAGGGCAAGGUGCGGUCGAUUGGCGUCAGUAACUAUGGGGUGCAUCAUUUGACCGAGUUGGAGGAGUUCAUCAGGGAGCAAGGGGAUGAGGGCGCGAGGAUCGAUGUCGGGCAGUGGGAGGUGCAUCCGUGGCUGCCGAGGGACGAUAUCGUCAAGUGGUGUCGCGAGCGGGGGGUGGUGGUGGAGGCGUAUUCGCCGGUUGUGCGGGGCACGCGGAGCGAGGAGCCCGUGCUGCAGGAGAUUGGGAAGAAGCACGGCAAGAGUUGGGCGCAGGUGUUGCUGAGGUGGAGUCUGCAGAAGGGAUACGUGCCAUUGCCGAAAAGCGUCACGCCCAAGCGCAUCGAGGAUAAUGCUGACAUCUACGACUUUGAACUCGAUGAGAGCGACAUGAACAACUUGGAUAUGCCUGACGCUUACGAGCCCUGCGCGUGGGACCCGACUACGAGCAAAGAUUGA